AUGGGGUGGUGCCCAGAGGGAGACGCCACGCCCCCUCCUCCACCACACCACCGCCGUGUUGAAGGCGGUCGGCAGGGGCUGUUGUUAUUGUUAUGGUGCGAGGUGGACGUCGCGUUGUCCGACGUUCCGAUACGAGGAAACUUGCUCCCCCACCCCCCGUUCACUUGGAAGACCGCAAAUGGAAUAAAUCUUUCGACGUUACAUUCAAAGGGCCGCUGCGGUGGAUUUCGUGAGCGUUCGGGGGGGAGUCUGAUUCGCCGUGAUAUGGGAUGACUUGGACGGCUCUACGCGGUCUCGUGUCUGGUGGCGGCCAGUACAAGGGCAAGCCAACGCCGCCCGUUCAGCGCGGCGGGCUACGUCGCGGAGCGAAAGAAGUUCAACGCUCACGUCAAGAUAACAAUCGACGGUCCGGGUCCGUACCCGAGGCCCGGUUGUGUGUGUGACAACCAAGGCGGUGCGCUACUUGACGGGAUAGCAACGUCGCUUGCGGCGGAUUUGGGCAAGUUGGCGUGAUUUUGUUGUCUGGCCUCUCCGUAUGGACACUCGCUAACGCAACGAUGCUCAAGCACUUAUCUGCCCUCUCGGCACCCACGGCAGGAUGGUGUCCUGUACCCAGGCUGGCGGUGGUGGCACGGCGAGGCCUCGCGAACAUCUCCGCUACCGACGUCACCAACGCCCUGCGUCCGUUCUACUUCGCCGUGCAUCCAGACUUCUUCGGCCAGCACCCCCGAGAGAGGGCGGUGAACGAGAGCUCCCUGAAGCGGCUCAACGGGUACCUGGAGAGCCUGCAGAGGCCGGACACUCGCGCUCCACACCCGCUGCACGUCACUUUCUACGUGCGCACCACGCAGCCGCCUCCUGCCACCAUCAGCGCCGGCUUCACACCGGUGAGCUUCACCCUCCUCUCGGGCGACCUUGUGGCCACCGUGCGAGACAUCCUGAGCUCAUGCCGCCUGCCCACGCAGCACCUAGCCGGCCUCAACGUGCGUCACUCUCCCGCUCCCGACAGGCCGAUCAAGUGGGACAAGACGUUCUACACCUUCACGGGACAGAAGGACCCUGACGAGGAGAUGCGGAAGGCGAAGGUGGCUGAGCCAACGCUUGGGGCGUGGCUCCAGAGGCACGGGCCCACGGCGGCCGAGAGGCUGCAGAAGAGCCUGCCGCUCCGCACGGCCGUGCAGAGGCUCAAGGAGGAGCUGUGCCAGCGCAUGGGGCUGCAGGACAUACGGUGGCAAAGGCAGUGGGGUGUGGCCCACAAGAACAGUCAGCUGCACAGCCUGAGCCGAAUGGGACAGCAGUUCCCACAGCUGGCACAGCACCUGAAGGGCCAGACGCUGCUGUUCACCGACCAGUCGGGAGUGAACGCUCUGGGGCACAUCAUGUUGGGAAUCACGGACGUGCACCACCACUGGAUAAAGGCAGUGGAGGAGCACCCACGCCUGGCCAUGGUGCUCGCCCAGCUGCGCGCCGCCGAGGACCGCGCGCGCCGCAUGCUCGGCGGCGCGUCGCUCGCCCAGCGCGACCCCAACGUGUCGGGCCUGUCGGCGCACCGGGCCCUAGCUCGCCUCAACCUCAUGCGGGAGUCGGCGCUGCGCGGGCCGCCCCUCUUCCUGCCGGGCAGCCUGCGUGACCUGAGGCUCAUCCUGGAGGGCUCGGAGUGUAGCCUGCGGCUGCUGGAGUCCGGCGUGUUCGAGGUCCCAGUCACGAGCUCGGCCGACGCCCUGCAGAUGUUCAUCGCGGGCAACGCCAGGGAGGCGCGCGCGCGCAUGAACGCGACGCAGAGGCUGGAGGCCGAGGCACUGGCACUGGCGAAGGAGUGCGCGGAGCGGCUGGGCGCCCACCGAGUGCGCGGCGAGGCCGGCCUCCCCCCGGCCGCCCUGGCCGAGUGCUGCCGCCGCUUGCUGCUGCUGCCGACGGCGCCCCAUCUGUCGGGGCUCCGGGGGAUGCGCGUGUGCGUCUCGCGCUACUACUCGGUGUCGCAGGAUGGCGAGGUCGUCAUCCCGUGGCAGUGGCGCGGAUGAGUGUCGGCCUCGGCCUUCUGCUUCGGAGCGCUCCCUCCGUGCCCCGUCGGGACGAGGCGGGGAGGGGCGAACGACCGAGCCGCGCUGGGGCCGUGGCGAAACAGCCUGGCCCGGCGUGGGUCAGGAGGCGCCAGUUUUUUUGUUUUUUUUUUCCCACUGCAGAACCGAGCUGUGCCGUGCCAUCGAUGUCGCGUGCAAUGGACGGGUCGAGUCGCGUGUAGACAAUGCGUGUGACAAAAAAUUAUAAACCGCCCCCGUGGCCCUGCUUGGCACCCGAGCCAGAUUCAGAUGUCUUGAGGCCAGCACAUGACGGUUUGGUUCUGGCUCAGCUUGGCAAAUAGCCAGUGGGAAACUACCCAUGCGUACUGCGACGGCCCCGGACUGGCACUGCUCGUAUGUGCAAGUGGACAAGGUUAUUCUCUAAACCAGGGACGUGGAACCCUUUCCUUCCCGAGGGCCAAACGGGGCAUUCGCCUUUCGCGGGGUAACAUUCGGUGAUACUAAACUUUUAUCAUGCUAGGACUUGAAAGACAACAUGAAUUGAGCGUGCAAAGCUUAGACGCGGUGUUGUUGUUCAGACCAGCAUAUUACCCUCGAGUCCCUGAUUAGUGCGGUGAAGAUUAUGGCAGCGACUGGUAAACGUCGUUUGCUGUUCGUUUGGAAGUGUUAGGCCUCAACGUGGCCGUGGGCCACGAUUUAAGUCCCAUUUUAAAUCCUUUUUUUGUUUACUCCAGCCUAUAAUUGAGUUGACCUUGGUUUGGGCGUUGUGAGAUGCAGUUUUUGUAUGAACUAUGCUAUAUAAAAUUUAAUUAUGAAAUGAAGUUGUGGGCUGUAGGUUUCAUCACCCCCGCUGUUCAAAGACCGAAAGCACCUCGCUCCCAUCGAUAUUUGCGCUGCUGUACAAUAAUGAUGUUAAUGCAGCAGGCUAAUGAUUCGGACAGUAAGAAUUUGUUCAGACAGACUACAUAGGUCCAUGAUGGUCUAGCACCAUCAUUCAUAAUUUAAAAUUUCCUACACUUCUGAUGGUUAUUGGCGAGGUCUGGCUUGGUUAUUACGAAGUGCAAUGGAGUUAGGGGGUUAUCGUUGAUGUUCUGUUCUCAAAGCCAUCGAUGACCCCUUGAUUUAUGUACACGGAUGUACAUAAUGUCACCGUAUGACUUUAUAUUAACUAGGGGAAGGAUAUUACUCAGUGUGGCAAAAGAUUAAACGCAUUGUGUACAUUUGUACGUUGUUUUCAUAACAGCGGGAAUUUAAUACCAUGGAUGUAUUAAUACAAACCGAAUGUAUCAACUACCUAAAUGUGAUAACCGGAUGUCAAAACGCUUUGCACAAAAGUGAGACCUGGAUUUUUAGUUCAUGGGAAAAGGAAGUGGUAAAUGUAUAUUUCCCAGCACCCUGCGCUUUCCCUAAUUUAAAUGCUGAGCAAGAUAUUUGACAGAUGGAAUCGGGUCACUCACAGGCAGAGGAGAGCGAUCUUAAAAGUCUGUGGAUGACCAGAGUCAAGACUACGGGAGCAGCAGCAGAGAAGAAGCACACAUUUUUCCCGUGUGUAUUUCAUACAGACGAGUUCCCUUGUGUUCUGUCUGUCUUCACUCGGUCGUGCAUUACCUGAGGCGUGAAGCUGCACGGGUGCAAGAGACGAGAGGCCUUCCCAUGGGGCACAAUACGGGACAGACCGCACGGAACUCGAGGUCACUGAGAGUUCACACCAGAGCUGUGGACAAAGCGUUUAUGGUCGUUUGCAAUAUGGUAUUAAAACAACACCUUCCAAGGUAUAGAUCGCAUUUAACCCCGAAUCGUUCGCUACUUGAGCAUUUAGUGGGAUGAUUGUGCUCUUCAAAGUGCACCCUUCCAUAGCGUCCCUUGCCGAGUUUAACAGGUACACGGAGGUUAGCACGUGACCUAUUGACUUAAGGAUCAAUCACAGCCGAGAAAGUUCGUGAUGCUGGCCCAUCUCUGCAAAUCCAUUUUUUCCAAUUUGGACAAUUUUGAUUGGGACAACCCUGACACCGAGGCAAGCGGGCAGGCAGGAGCACGCCAUUUAACGCUUUCCCGGGCGGAACAAAUUGGCGACGAUAAACUGGCACGUCCGCGGGAGUAAACGCCACGGACGUGGCCUCACCAGUGCUCCCAGAAGUCAUCCGCUUGGAUCUGAAUCCAGUCACGAACCGGCGGAACAGACAACUCCAGAUCUCACGCGCGCGCACUCACACUGCUGACGAGGCGGCAGCCUCCCUCCCAAUGGGUUCGCGAUCCUCUGUACCAUCAGGUGGCCCGCUGGCCUGCGGGAAACUGUUUCACUGGGGAACUCGGAAUAACCCUGCGUACCUACCAUGGGAGGACACGCCGACCACAGCCGCAGCAGAACAAUAUUGGCCUCAAGUGCUGGCUGACAAUGUCGACCAUUCAGAAAAUCGGGGCGCAGCCCUUUCAGAAUGCCAACUAGCACAAGGCACUGGUACUUGUCUGGGUGGUAUUGCAGACGCCGAUAUUUGAGGGAAACCCGUCACACGGACGUUGUAAGACGCCUACUGCCCGGUACGACUUGACGCAGCCCAAAAGCUGCGCUGCUGUCGCAACUGUGCGUGCAAUUGGGUUGCCACGAUAUUGCGUUCUGCGAUGUUGCCGUACAACGUAUAAGGUCCUCGAUAACCACAUCAUCGUAUCGCGGUUAUAAUUUUUUCACUUUUAUUUCCUGACCAAAAUGGUUUAAAUAACAAGCACAAAAAUGGUCUAUGUAACCGUUUCCCAGACUAAUUGAUGGCAUGAUGGUAAUAUGACAAAGUAACAUUCGUAGUUUAUUUAUGAAUAUUAUAGAGGUGUUUUUGGGUUGGAUCGCGUAAUUAUAAAUGUGUUGUUAAACUCGACACCACUCGACACAGCCAAUUAGUAAGGUUUUUCACGUAAACAUAACAUGCUAAUUCGUUACUAGUACAGCACACUGGCGUGUUGGAGAGCAAAUCCACAACAUUAACAAUCUUGGUACGACGUUCCGCCAGUAAUUACAACUAGCUUCAUCAGGCAGAGAUGUGCUGACGUCACUUGUCGGCCCUCCACGUGUGAGGGUGGGAGGGAUUCAUGGAUGCAUAUACAUUUCAAUGGGUAUUCAUUUGGUUUAACGACAAAUUUACGCGAUCACACCCAAAAAAAAACCCCUAUAUUAUGGAUGAUAUUUGUCGCGAAAACCUACGUGUUAAACAGAGUUUAUUAACUGUUAAAACCGACAGCAUCUGCGUUACAAGCCUUUUGAAAUGUAUAGUUGCAACGGUCGGAUAAGUCUUGUGGCAGGUUUACUUUGAGUGAACUGUGAGUUGACGUUUGAGUAAUCUUUAUCCCGCCUGGAAGUGCAGCACAGCAAAAAAAACUAUCAGAUCGUGAAAUGCCAUGUUUAGAGUUUCGGUUAAGAAUUACGAUAAUCGUCAUCUUAUGAAAAUCUAUAUCGUAUCGUGAACAACGGAUAUCGCGUCAAUCCCAGUCUGGUUGGAUUGCGCAGUAACAUUCAUGGCAGUGAACGUCAGUUGCCUGGUGAGCUCAAUGAGAUUCUCAUCUUCGUUCAGUAUUAACCAACGCAGUACUUUGCAAGCUCGCGCUAUUACUCACAAUUGAAGAUUGCACACGUACCUAUAUCAAGCCAUGUGUUAUGUAGUUAGGUUUUGUCAUUUUCACGUUUUAUUUUUUUAUCAUGGUGUCCAUAAUGUAUUACUGAAGAAGUGAAGUCGUAAAUGGGGUCAUGUUCUAGGUAAAUGGAAUGGAAGCUGAUAUCAAUGAUUCAAGCUUGGGGUGUGUGUGUGUGUUUUAGGAACGCAACAGGGCACCUCGAAGUAGGUCGAGUUAUCUGUUCAAUGUGUCUUGUGAUGGCUGGGGCGGCGGCUUCCUGAAGUUGCGCCCGCACGUGCAAUACAAGCCAAGCGUGCCACCAAAGACAAAGAUCCCCCGUAUAGCCUUAACAGACAGUUGGGGCAAGUGCUGUUAAAGAGCACCUAUGAAGGCCGGCACGGCAUACGAGGGGGUGAUUGGUCAACAUCACGCACGGCCGCCUUUGUUAGCCCAGUGGCGAUGUUUAUACACCACAACAGGUACUCAUUUCAGGCUGAGUCGACCUAGAAAAAGCUUAGGGACGAUUCAGAUAAUCGUCACUGGUAUUGGCCGUGAGCGAGAAUCGAACUCGGGAUGCCGGGUUCUCAGUGCAGUGCGUUAACCACUACACUACCGCUUCCCCAGUGUUCCACCACACACACAUACACAGCGGCUGCGGUCGGCUCAUCACCGACAAGUGCGUGAGCAGGUGUGGAGUCCUGGAAAAAAUAAGUGUUGUUCGUCCGGUUGAGAACGCAAGAGACCUUUAUAACGGUCUCAUUUGCAAGAGUGCCCUGGGUAAAUUGAGGCCAAGUCCGCACGAAAUAAAAACCUCCGUGAAAUCUU